AUGAAUGACAAUUACAAGUUGCUGCUGGAUUUCUCGAUGAUCCAUGCUCCAUUGCUGCUGCUGUUGACUCUCAGCGCCCUCUAUUCGGCCACGGUUGUGGCUUCUCUUCCACCAACACGGGACGUGGCGGCGGCUCUUCCUCAAAGUUAUGCUCAUUGUGUUCUGGUUGAUUUGAAGUUCAAUCGGGCAGUUCGGAACGAAAUCCGGAUAAUUAGGCUUGAGGAAUUGACGUUUGGAAGGUGUGCUUUUCAAAUCCCAAAGCUCUCUCCUUAUUCUGUUCCCCACUCCGCUCUCCGUCUUUGCUUCCCUUCCACUUCAUCCCUACACUCUCACUCUCAUCCCCAAUCGCUUGAUGAAGCUGUUGAUUCCUUCACUCGCAUGCUCUCUAUGCGUCCUCCUCCAUCCAUCAUCCAAUUUAACAAGAUUUUGGGAUCUCUUGCCAAGACCAACCAUUUCCUCACCACCAUUUCCCUUUUCCAACAAUUGCAAGCCAGGGGAAUCGCUCCCGACUUGUCUCUCUCUCUCUCUGGUAAGGUUGAAAAAGCACUGCACUUUCAUGACAGAGUGCUGCUGGCUCAUGGAUUUCACUUCGACCAAGUUACUUAUGGGACGUUGAUCAAUGGGUUCUGUAAGACCGGGCAUACAUCAGCUGCUAUUCAAGCGUUGAGAAAGAUCCCACGGUAUGGCAUUGCUCCUGAUGUCUUCAUGUACAACGCAAUUAUUGAUAGCUUGUGCAAGGUUACGCUUGUAAGUGAUGCUUUUCAUUUAUACUCUGAAAUGCUUGCUAAGGGAAUCUCUCCCGAUGUUAUCACGUACAACACUCUAACUUAUGGAUUGUGCCUUGCGGGCCAACCUUUAUAG